CCUUCUUCUCCUACCUGCCCUUCCCCCAGUUUUCUCCUCCGGUCCUUCCAAGAAUCUCCUUUUUUUCCUAUCAAUAUCCCCCCUUUCAUGAUUAGGACAAACUAAAUCAGUAAAGUGCAAAACGACAAGCAGAAUAUGGUGAUUUUCCACUUUUGAUGAGGUUUAGAUCAUCUGGAACCCUUGCUCUGAAAUCUAUUCAAUACUAGGGGGCCAAUAAGGGAGUAGCAAUACAUCGCACGAAUGGCUUCUGAAAGAGAGAUUUUUGGGUUUUCUGGACCUCUGCACCUAAGGGUUGUCGAUUGGAAUAACCCCCAUCACCGAAGGUCUAUAGCUGCUAGCUUAGUUCAGGGCGUCUACAUCAUCGAACGCGACCGCCGGGAGAAUCGCCAUGGCCAAAAUGCACUGGCUCCACCCUGGUGGGAAUUCUUCAAUUUCCAACUGAACCAUGUUCUAAUAGAUCCUGAUGAUCAAUCCUUCUUUGGCUGCAUAUACGAACUCAGAAUCCCUGAUCACUACUACUACAACCAUCUCACCCAGAACUACCCGAAAUACGUGGUAGCUUUCAGGGGAACAAUCAAUAAACCGGGAAACAGGACCCAGGAUUUGAAACUGGAUCUCCAGCUUAUGCUCAGCACUCUUCAGCAGAGCUCCAGGUUCCAGCUCGGGUUGCAAUGUGUUCAGGACCUUGUUUGGAAAGCCGGCGAUCCGGCCCGAAUAUGGGUGGCUGGACAUUCAUUAGGCUCCGCAAUUGCUUUGUUGGUUGGGAGGCAUAUGGUCAGAAUGAGCAUCCAUUUCGAAACAUAUCUAUUCAAUCCUCCGUUUUCUUCAAUCCCAUUCGAGAAGAUUAAGAAUGAGAAGCUGAAAAACGGAGCCCGGAUCGCCACCAGUAUCUUAACUGCUGGAAUUGCUGCUGCUGUGAACAUCAAUUCCAUAAAGCCUCAUCAGGAUAAAGAGUUCCUGACUUUGGCGGCCUGGGUUCCGUACAUGUUUGUGAAUCCAUCCGAUCCGAUUUGUUGUGAAUACAUUGGGCAUUUUGAUCACAGGGAGAAGAUGAUGAGUAUGGCUGGUGGGAAAAUAGGAAGAAUUGCGGCCCAGAAUUCGAUAGCGAGUGUGAUUGCAAAUGCGAGAGGGAAUGAUUGCGAUGCGUUUCAUCUGGUGCCUUCUGCGUAUCUCACGAUUAAUAAAAGCCCUUGUCAGGAAUUCAAGCAAGCUCAUGGAGUUCAUCAAUGGUGGAGAACUGAUGUUCAUCUUGAGUACAAACUUCAUCAGUACAGAUGAGAUCUGUUCCUCUUUUUAAUAUAUAGUGGACAUUCGGCCCAGUAAUGCAGUGAUAGACUCGACGUUCAUAGUUAGGCCUUUUGCAUAAGGCCCAAUGUGUGGCAAACUGCAAGAGAAUUCAUCCCUUCAUUUCUGUAUUGGAAAAUGACCUAACUUCUUCUGGGGUUGACAUAGAAAAUUAUAAUUUUCCACAGCAAUUUGAUUGGUUUGAGCACCGAUUUAUAAAACCUACAUGGCCAAAUUAACAGAAAUACUGCAC